CGGGAGGCCGGACCGGGGAGCCGAGCGGCGGCGGCGGCGGGGCGGCCAUGGCGGAGCUGGUGCAGGGGCAGAGCGCGCCGGUGGGCAUGAAGGCCGAGGGCUUCGUGGACGCGCUGCACCGGGUCCGGCAGAUUGCUGCUAAAAUUGAUUCAAUUCCUCACUUGAAUAAUUCCACACCCCUAGUGGACCCCUCAGUGUACGGCUACGGAGUGCAGAAGCGGCCCCUGGAUGAUGGAGUAGGUAACCAGUUAGGGGCCUUGGUACAUCAAAGGGCAGUUAUAACAGAAGAAUUCAAAGUGCCUGAUAAAAUGGUUGGAUUUAUUAUCGGCAGGGGAGGUGAGCAGAUUUCACGAAUUCAAGCAGAAUCUGGUUGCAAAAUUCAGAUUGCUUCAGAGAGUUCUGGGAUUCCAGAGAGGCCCUGUGUACUUACCGGAACCCCAGAAAGUAUUGAACAAGCCAAGAGGCUCCUGGGGCAGAUUGUGGACCGCUGUCGAAAUGGACCUGGCUUUCACAACGACGCGGACAGCAACAGUGCCAUCCAGGAGCUCCUCAUCCCUGCUUCCAAAGUGGGCCUGGUCAUCGGCAAGGGUGGGGAGACCAUCAAGCAGCUGCAGGAGCGGACCGGCGUGAAAAUGGUCAUGAUCCAGGAUGGCCCAUUGCCCACGGGAGCAGACAAGCCCCUUCGCAUCACCGGAGACCCAUUUAAAGUACAGCAAGCAAGAGAAAUGGUAUUAGAGAUCAUCCGGGAGAAAGACCAAGCUGACUUCCGAGGUGCCCGGGGGGAUUUCGGCUCCCGGAUGGGCGGCGGCAGUAUGGAGGUGUCUGUGCCCCGGUUCGCUGUGGGCAUCGUAAUAGGCAGAAAUGGGGAAAUGAUCAAGAAGAUCCAGAACGACGCUGGCGUGAGGAUCCAGUUCAAGCCAGACGAUGGCAUCAGUCCGGAAAGAGCCGCGCAGGUCAUGGGGCCCCCGGAUCGGUGUCAGCACGCAGCACACAUCAUCAGUGAGCUCAUCCUGACGGCCCAGGAAAGAGAUGGCUUCGGAGGCCUCGCAGUAGCCAGAGGGAGAGGCCGUGGCCGUGGCGACUGGAGCGUGGGAGCCCCGGGCGGUGUGCAGGAGAUCACGUACUCGGUGCCAGCAGACAAGUGUGGCCUGGUCAUAGGCAAAGGCGGGGAGAACAUCAAGAGCAUAAACCAGCAGUCGGGAGCACACGUGGAGCUCCAGCGCAGCCCGCCCCCCAACACGGACCCCAGCCUGCGGAUAUUCACCAUCAGAGGGGUCCCGCAGCAGAUCGAGGUGGCCAGACACCUCAUAGACGAGAAAGUUGGCGGUCCUGGCCUUGGAGCGCCUGGAGCCUUUGGACAGAGCCCUUUCAGCCAGCCGCCCGCCGCGCCCCACCAGAACACUUUCCCCCCAAGGAGCUCAGGGUGCUUCCCAAACAUUGCUGCUAAAGUGAACGGAAACCCCCACAGCACCCCUGUGAGUGGUCCUCCGGCCUUCCUGACGCAGGGCUGGGGCAGCACCUACCAGGCCUGGCAGCAGCCCACACAGCAGGUCCCAAGCCAGCAGAGCCAGCCGCCGAGCAGCCAGCCUGACUACAGCAAGGCCUGGGAAGACUAUUACAAAAAGCAGAGUCACGCCGCCCCCGCUGCUCCUCAGGCCAGCUCCCCUCCGGACUACACAAUGGCCUGGGCGGAAUAUUACAGGCAGCAGGUCGCUUUCUACGGACAGACGCUGGGGCAGGCUCAGACCCACAACCAGGAGCAGUAGGACAGCGACCUGCGCGCCCCCCACCCCAACCCCAGAAUCAUUGUGAGCGGAAAACCUGUUUGUAACAGAGGUUUUUAAAUUUGCAGACCUUUUGAUGAAGAACCUUUGUUUUGUUCUGUGAAACACUAUAUUUAGAUUAACAGAUUUUUUCUAAAAAUCGGGAAGAUUAGUUACUAAAAAUUGCUGAUAAUUUUUGUUUCAUUAUUAUUGUUUGUUGUUUCAAACGUGUGAGCUCUGGGGAUUCUUUCUGGCGCAAUUCCUGCAAAUACAGGCCCCAGGACGCGCCUCGGAGCAGUGACAUUUCAACGUAGUGUGGUUCUGUUGUUUUGUUUUUGUGUCUUUAUUUACAGUUUUUUCUGUUGCAACACAAAGUGGCUUGGAAGUCUUAGGUGGUAUGUAACAAAUUCUUUUAAAAAAUUUUUAAACAGUAUUUAAAUAUUCUUAAAUGUAAAUUCAUUAAAUGUUUUGCUUCUAAUUUCUUGUAUCUUGGCUGUCUGGUUUUAUUGCAUUUUUUUAAAAAACUGAACUAUUAUGUAUUGUAAUUAAUUAUGUGAAUUCUGAAUUGAGACAGAUAAUUGCAUUGCUGUCCAACAGGGUUUGGGUGGGGACAUUUUAUAGGGUUUGUAUGAUUUCUAGAGCUCUGAAGGAGUAAUAUAAAAUUGUGUUCAUGUGUUUAGCAUACUUGUUUUCAUGUCUCGAUUACCGGUUGCAAAUAUGUAUCUAAGACCUCCAAGCUUGUUUUAAAAACAAAACAAAAACCUUUCUCUAUGCUCUCAGAAAUAUAAAUACUGUUAUUUUUAAUAUUAAAAAGAAAUUCGAUAUAACUUUUAACAAACACUGUGGAACAUUAAACCAUAUAAAAAUGUAGUAACUAUUUUUUAAUUCCAGGUGUUUUUGCUUUUUGCUUUUAAAUAUUUUCUUAAUAUUGUCAAAUUAACUAGAUAAAUAAAUAAAUCUAGUAUUAACCACAGUAUGAAUUACAUAAUUUUGAUUUAAUAAAAGGGAUAAUAUGAUUUCCAAUGUUUACUGUAGUGUAUCUUGUACAGAUAACCUGUAUUUUUAAAGGAAAUGGAAUGGAAGAUAUUUUUUCUUGUUUUUUUUUAAUUGACCUGAGGGACAUUCCGUUUGAAAUGUGCUAAAGUUAGUUCCUGGUUUUUCUUCUGAUUUUCCGUAUAAUGCUUGAAAUGUCUAACUAUUAAAAAAAGGCAAUUGGAGGAUAUUAUGCAUGUUGUUAAAAAAAAAAGUGUUCUUUGACUGACAAUUCAUUUUACACUCUAUAUAAUAAAAUUUCCACAAGAUGUCUUGUGGGCAAAGU